UCUAAAACUUACCCCAGUGCUGGGCCCUUGCUUAUGUAUACCUACUCAGAUGUGCAUUAAACCCCUCAAGUUUCAAGAUUGAGCAAUUCAAAUUCUUUGUUGCGAAAGCAGAACUCUAGUUCAUUGGUGCAUGCACUUUUUACCAAUGACAAAGUUCUUACAUCAUUCCUCACUCGUUGCUUAUAAAGAGAGUUUGAGGGUUUGUGUUCAUUCUCUUUUACAGCUCAUAUCGAAGGAGUCAAAUUAACAAAGCAGUGCCCUCAAAGUACUGCAUACCAGCUAGAAGACAACUCUGAAGAAAUGGCUGUUUUUACAAAGAUCCUAUGGAUUCUACUCAACCUUUCCUAUAUUGUGGCAAAUGAUUACGAAGAUGUGCAAGUUAUUAAUGGGAUGGAAAAUAAAAUCUCAGUUUUACCAGAUGGUUCCUGUAAAUGCCAGAAAGAACUCAGUAAAUGGGAUAAGCUAUUUGUAAUGCUGGAGAAUGCCCAAAUGAAACAGAACAUCCUGCAACAAUCCAUUCAUGAAGUGUGCAAGGUAGAAUUCCAAAGGAUCCAGUCUGAAAUGCUCCAGGUGACAACCAACAUUGCAGACACUACUACAAAAGCCAUAGACAAUGCAAUUUUGCACAUCACAGCACACACGGACAAGAAAUUGUCAUAUAACAUCGAAGAAUUCAGCAAAUCCAAAUUAGAGAAUGAAUCAGAGCAGAAAAAUACACUGCAGCAGCUUCUUUCAGUGACUCAAGAUCUGUCCAACAGACUUAGAAAACUUGAGACGACUUGGCAAAAGAUAACGUUCAUGAAGGAUCAGAGUUCAUCUCAAGACAUUAAUAAAACAGUUUCAAUAAACUUGGAAACCAUUCUGAAUUCUUUUGAGCUGUACCAACCCAGAGGAGAAGUAACAGUGUCAGAGAAAUGUUCAGCUAAACACAUGGUACCAUCAGAUUAUGAUAUGGCUCUGAUCUUUCCAAUGCGUUCAAAGAAGAUUUUUGCAAGUGUCCAUCCUGACAAUAUGAUUCUUAGCUCAUUUACAGCUUCUAUAUGGGUAAAAGUCACAGAUUUGAUGGAGAAAACCAUAGUGUUCUCCUAUGGAACAAAGAGAAAUCCUUUUGAAAUUCAGCUAUACUUCAAUCACACUUCAGCUCUGCUCUCUGUACACAAUAACACAAGCUUGGUUAUUGCUGAAAAUGUAGUCUCCCCUGGGCACUGGGUACACUUUUGUGGAACAUGGAACAAUGAAGAUGGAAAUGCGACCCUCUGGGUGAAUGGAAAACUUGCUGCUGGUUCUUCAGGACUGGCAGUUGGAUAUGUUAUUCCGGAUAGAGGAAUACUCCAGCUGGGCCAGGAAAAGAAUGGCUGCUGCAUUAGAAAUGGCUUUGAUCAAAACUUGGCCUUUUCAGGAAAAUUGACUGGGUUCAAUAUAUGGGACAGAAUCCUUUCUGAACAUGAAAUUCAAAACUUAGCCAGUCAGGAAUAUUCCCACAGCAUGAGGGGGAAUGUUGUUGGCUGGAGUGUCACAGAGAUCUUGGUGUAUGGUGGCGCCGAAUUCAUCUACUAUUAAUUGAAAUUGAUUCUUUCCUAAUCAACGUGUUCAAAGAAUGGAUCUGAAAUUGUUAACAUUCUAUCUCUGGUUUUCAACCAUGAUAGAAAGUCAUAAUUAUGCUACAAAAUCCUCCAGGCCCAAGUCCAGAGUGAACUUUGUAGUAUAAACCUCCCACAGUAAUCUGUGAAAUUAACUUCUCUUGUCACAGAUUUAUGCCGGUAUUAAAACACAGGCAGACAGACACAACAUUUGGUCCAUGACCUGUGUUCGGCAGCAAUCACAGAACUUACGUUAUUGUGUUGUUAAAUCUGAAGGCUGGUCAAUUGGAUUUUAAGAUCCAAUAUCUGCAACACUGUAAAAAAAGACUGUACAUUUUGUAAUUUAUCUUCCAGUCUCCUGGAGCAAUCUGACCAGAUUCACUUCAGGAGUGGGGACAAAUGCAGCUUUAAUCCAAAUUCACACAGAAAAUUACCCUUCAAAACAGUUAAUAUUCUCAAAUACUAUUACUUUUAUUUUGCAAUCUUAAAUUAACUGUAGUGCAAAAGAAAUGCAUGGUUACUUUCAUUUAUUGUCAAAUGAUUAAUUAGCAAGAAACAUUAAAGGUGUGCACUUAACCACUCCAUUCUGCAAAUCAAAAAUAUCAUUGCUCAACAUAUGCACAAGUGAAAUAAUAACUUUGUGAUCUAAUAUGCAUUGCUUUACAACACAAAGUCUGUGUAAUACAGCAAAAGGCUUCUGAUGUUAAUCAUAUAAUUAUUUGACCAGAAAGAGUCUAAUUUUGUAAUAAACUGAUAUUAAACAAUA